AAAAUGCGGAUAGUGUGGCGAUUACAACAGACGGAUGGACAUCUAGAGCAACGCAAAGUUACCUCACUAUUACUGCUCAUGUGAUCACCCCAGAGUGGAAAAUGGCCAGUUUUGUGCUUCAAACGCGUCCCCUUUUUGAAACCCACACCGGGACAAACAUUGCCCAAGUACUGAGAGAGGCUGUAGCAGAGUGGAAACUAGAUCGACCAAAACAUAGCAUCGCCGUUGUUACUGAUAACGCAAGAAACAUGGACGUUGCCGUGAGAGAGGCUGGACUCGGGCCCCAUAUUAAAUGCUUUGCUCACACCCUGAACCUGGCGACGCAGGCUGGUCUGGCUGUCCCCCGGGUCUCUCGUCUCUUAGGUCGCAUCAGGCGCAUUGUGGCUUUUUUUCACCGCAGCCCUUCUGCAACCGCUGUGUUAACUUCAAAACAAAAGGCGCUUGACCAAGGCAACCAGCACAAGCUUAUUAUGGAUGUUACGACCCGCUGGAACAGCAGUCUGGACAUGGUUGAACGCUAUCUGGAGCAACAGGUCGCGGUUGCAGCAGCUCUUCUCAGCGCGGACAUAAGACGAAAUGCACGUGAAAUCGACACGCUGGACAACUCAGACAUCAGAGAUGCCGAGGACAUUGUGAAACUUUUGAAACCUUUAAAAACAGCCACCACUGUGCUCAGUGAUGAGCACAAUCCCACAGUGUCACUCAUUGUCCCUCUAAAAUACAUGAUUGAGCAAAGCAUGGAAAGUAAUGAAGAAGACUCUGUCACAGUGACGGCAAUGAAGGCAGCUAUACUGAGCAAUCUGUCAGACAGGUAUACAAGGGAAUACAGCUAUUUGCUGGAGUGUACUGCAGUUGACCCCAGAUUUCGCACCCUACCCAAUCUAGAGGAAAACCAGCGCCAGGAUGUCUUCCACAGGAUCAAGAAUAAAGCUGUGCAGCUACUCAAUCAGUCCAGCCUACAAGAGGACACCAGCAGUGAUGGAGGAGCAGAACCCAGUGCUUCAGAACCUACAGUGGAGGCAGACACUGUGCAGCCACAACCCCCUCCCGCCAAGAAGACAGCCUUAGAAGAUCUUCUAGAAGGGACUUUUGAUUCAACUGUUCAUGCUGCUCCAGACCACAUUCAAAUGGUGGAAACAGAAAUCAACAGGUACAGAAGUGAAGAACCCACACCUCUCAAGAGCUGCCCUCUGGACUGGUGGAAUGAGCAUGGUAGGAACUACCCAAAACUUUCUCCACUUGCAAAGUCAUGCCUCACCACACCAGCAACUUCAGUAGCAAGUGAACGAGUCUUCUCAACAGCAGGGGACAUUGUUACUAUGCAAAGAUCUCAACUUUUGCCCGAGAAUGUUGACAUAUUGGUGUUUCUUAAAAAAAAUAUGCCUAAGAAGAAGCACUAGUCUAUUUUUGAUGAUCUCAACUUCUGUUUCUCCAGCUGCAUUGUGUAAUAGCAAGUUGCAUGCAUGAAUGCAGGCGUUCAAAUGUUAAAAAGUGUUUCAAAAGAAAAGAAAGAUGGACUUGUGUUCACAAAUCUUUAGUACAUCUACAUCCGUUUAUUUUCAUGUUUAGUUCUGGUACUAAAAAGAAGUUGCAGUCUAAUACAAUGUCAAUAUUGCAGAGAAAAAACAUUGGCAUUGAUUAUUACACCGUUAUGUCCUGUAAGUUUUCUUUCUGAGAAAUAGCUGGAGAGUGGAGACUGGAACUAAAUGCAGAUGUUGAAAUAAAAGAAAAACCUUUUGGUAUUAAAAAAGUGU